AUUCGGUGCGCAAAUAAGCAAAUGAACCAUAACAAUAAAUCGUAGCUCCUUAGAGAAUGUUAACACGAUAAACCAGAAGUAAAGUGAGUGCAGAAAAGAGGAGGGACGGCAGGAAAGAAGGCAGAACAAAUAAAAAUAGAAGUCGGCAAACAAAGUGAAACGCAACCAAGCGACAAAAAAGAAUUGAAAAUAAAGGGGAGAUGACCGAAAAGUGCAAAGAAGGCAGGCUAGAAGAGGUAGUGUUGAAGGGGCAAAGUGCACAUUAGGAUGUUUGGAGAAAGCAGGAGUCACAGUCUAAUCCUCGAGGGCCAAGAAUAUUUAUCGAUAAUCGCAGCAAGAAAAUCUACAUUAGCUACGCAAAUGAACUGGAAAGGGCAAAGAGUGCAGUAAAAGCAAUAAAAACAAAAGCAGAAAACAAAAACGGUAGCUGAACUAGCAACAGCAAAUAAAGUGUAACAAAUCGGGACCAAAGGGCGGGAAACAAGCAGUAAAAAUAAGCAACUGAAGUAAAUAAAAGCCAACAAUUUGAGCAUUUGAAGCAAAACAAAAGACGAAGACAAUAAAAGUGGCAAAGUGGCUAUGCAAAAGCGGCAAAGUGGCAAUCUAACCAGCUCGCAAUACAACUUCAAGUCAGUUGUUUGUUGUACGAGCCAGUAUUGAGUGUAGUUUCGCAAGGGGUGUGAAUGCCAAAUGGUUAUAAACUGUUUUACUCAAACACACAUAAAUCGUUUUUCGAAAACAAAAACUUUUUCAAGCCUCUAAAGUGCCACUGAAAAUUCAUAAAACAAUCGUAAAACAGACAGCCUUUAACGCCAUUGAACCGAAAAGCGGAGCAGGUCUUACGGCCCAUUCGGCUCAAUAAAAACAAAAACAAAGAAAUAUUUAUACAAAAUAUUUUAUUUAAGUAUUUUGUUAUUAUUUGCGCAUACUUUAAAUUUUUAUUACAUAUUUUUUAUGGGUGUCGCGGCGCGGACGCGGAGUCGCCAUUUAUGAAAGGAAGUGACACAAAUUCAAAGUGACGCAAGUGAAAUGAAAGCAAAAAUGUGAGCACACACAUACAAAUAACGCAAGCACAUAUUCAUACAUAUAUAAGCGCAAUACAGUUAUAGUUAUAUGUAGCGUGUGCCAUUACCAUUGCGGGUGCGGCUGACUGCUAGAAAAAUAUCUAAACUGACACUGGCAGAAUGACACGCCGAAGAAAGGCUGACAAUCAUUAUUCUUUUCGUAAACCCGCCAACACCGCUCAUACCCGUCAAACGCCAAUGCAUGCGCUUUGUCGCAAUUAUUGUUGUUGCAAUAGCAGGGCGAAUUUGUUGCGACGGCUGCAGUGAGCGCAAGGCGCCAAGUCAAAUUGUAGUGAAGUGCGAGGAAGUGCCGAGAUUUCCGCGUGCAUAGACAACAGUUUUAGAGCAAAAAUCCGCAAUGCGAAUAAAGCGAAAUGCAAUUGCCAAACACCCCAAAUGGCGGCCAGUGAGUGCACUGCUGCUGAAGUAGAAAGUCCAAAAAGCGGUAACCAAAGGUGCGUUGAAGUUGACUGCAUAAGUAAUUGCGGUGUGACAGCCAGCGCUCUAGUGAGUGAGCGAGUGAGAUCUUGAGUGACGGACAAAGUUUUUAAAUUGCGAAAAGCGGUAAUAGGAGCAAUACUUGCCACACUCGCAAUUCUACAGCAAUAUCAUUUACCACAGUAACAAAUCUUCGCAGCAACUUUUGUAGUUCAGCGCAAGCAGGUUAGUGGCAGUGCUAAGCCAGCGCCAACACAAACUGCAACGCCAGCAAUAGCGACAGCAACAGCAUGCAUUCAAGACAGCCAGACGUACGCGCGCCAAUGUGGCAACAGCUGCUGGCAGCUGUCAUUUUCUCCCUGCUUAGCAUAGUAGUACCCCUCCAUGCCGAAGUCGUUGAUUUGACACCACAAUAUAUCGCUUCCCACUCCGUCUCAGUUAGCAGUAGCAGCUCCGCGGCGGGUGGCACGUCAGCGUUGGCGGUAGCGCCGUCAUCGGCAGCGGGCUUGAUGGGCACUGCCUUCGUGGAACCCUACUUGGAUGGUUAUGCCACAACAAAUGUGACCGCACAGAUCGGCACGCACGCGUAUUUGCCAUGCCGGGUGAAGCAGCUCGGCAACAAAUCAGUGUCAUGGGUGCGAGUUCGUGAUGGUCAUAUACUCACCGUUGACAGAGCCGUUUUCAUCGCAGAUCAAAGAUUUCUGGCGCUCAAGCAACCGGAUAAAUUCUGGACGUUGCAAAUAAAAUACGUCCAGGCACGAGAUGCGGGCGCCUACGAAUGUCAAGUGUCAACAGAGCCAAAAGUUAGCGCCCGAGUGCACUUACAAGUGGUUGUGCCCCGCACAGAAAUCGUAGGCGGGCCAGAUCGUUUGGUCAAAGCUGGCAGCACUGUGGUGCUGCGCUGCAUCGUUCGUGGCGCCCUCGAACCGCCCACCUUUAUUAUGUGGUUCCACAGUACGGAGCAAAUAAACGGCGACUCGCGUCGGUAUCGCACACAAGUCGAUCGGAAUUUACCCGAGACCGAAGGUGAUGCUCACAGUACGACCGGCUCAUUAAUCAUUGAAUCAGCGAAAAAACGAGAUAAUGGCAAUUACACAUGUAGCCCGUCAAAUAGCCCCAGUGUGACUGUGAUGCUCAACGUUAUAAAUGGUGAAUCGUCCGCAUCAGCCGUCACUUCGUCUGCUCCUGUACGAAAAACGUACACCGCCUGCAUACUGGCCAUGCUGUUCAGUGUUAUAAUAAUUGGAGGGCAAAGCACAUGACAUGUUAAAUUACAAAAACAGCAAAAACGGCAUAAGCUAGCGCAACCAAACAGCCAACAAAAAGAACAUGAAAAACAAAAAUUGGAACAAAAUGAAUCAAUACGAUUUGCAAGUGUGCAAGAGGCAAGGGCAAUGGGCGAAUGGCACGCGAAGAGAAAUUUAUGUCAACAACAGUCUACUCAGCUAGAAAGCGUUAUUAAGUUGGCAACUUCAACAUCAACAGCAGCUGCAACACCAGUCGUAGUUAGAAGAAGCAAAGCAGUUCGGCAAACAAAAACGAAAACACAUUUCCCUUUAAUCAUGUAAGUUUAUAUAGACAACCGUAUCCAUAGGCAUUAGAGACAACAACAACACAUGGAAGAUGAGUAGAAUAUUAAGCAAAAACAACAAACAUAAACAAGAAUAACAAACCAAAAAAAGAAAGCACAACAACACGACCACCCUACGUCAACAAACAAAAACGUGUCAGGUUAGCGUCUAAGCUGUAGUUGAAGUGUAGGCUGUAAACUGAAAGUUAAAAGCCCACAAAGCAUCGAAUAAUAAAGUAGGGUAGCCAACCAAGGAGCAUCAGCAAAACAUGCCAGUAACAUAAGCAGGAAAUAAGCAGCAACAUACGUAACAAUUGAAUACGCACACCUACACAAAUUAACAAACGUGGUGACAACUGGUAUGUAAUGCAACUGCGUACAUAGAGCCACGUACACACAAAUGUGGGAUGUCAGUAUAGGGAUCCUCGGUGUUAUUGUACAAUAUGUAAAAAAAAAAAAUAACGGGAUUCCGAAAUCCCGAAAUUUCUCAUACGAUAUGAUAUCGCAAAAUGUUUAAAGUACCGAAAAUCCCCAUAUUUUAUUUUUUGAAGUGGAAAUUUUUUAUCUUUUUUAAGUUUAAAUAUGAGAGUAUUUUGGAAUUAAAUGUUCUUGAAAGUGAAUUAACCUUCAUCAAAAAAGAAAAUUUUCAGGUAUUAAAGACUCCAAUUCCGACAGCAACAGUCAAGCUGCGUUGAAGGCUCUGGAGAACGCGAAGCAAGCCCCAAAAAUUGUUUAAGAGUAUAUGAAGGAGCUUUAUUCUGUUGCAAGACGGAAUAACUUUGUAUUUACUUAUGUAUGGAUUUCCGGGCGCAUGGUGUUCAAGGGAAUGUAAUUUCCGAUGAUUUAGCAUACUGCGGGUGAGCGGUUACCCCACAGAGAUCAGAGCCAAUAAUCGAAAUCAGCUCAUGAAUUUGAUCAGAUAUAUAUGCAAUUUACAUAAAAAGCGAUGCUGUAGAACACUGCAGAGCUGCAAAGUGUUUUGUGAAAGCCCGAUCAAAAAACUGUCGAAUCUUCUUCCAUAAAUUGGAAGAAAAUACAUUCGGUUGAUGGUCGGUAUUAUUACAGGACACAACCCAUGGGGUCAGCAUAUGACCACCUUUGGAUUCAUUGCGAAGCCGAUUUAGCUGUCUUGCUUAGAGGAGACGAAUAGCACUGAUCAUUUGCUCUGCGACAGCUCCGCUUUCGCUAGAGCAAAGACGUGAAUUUUGGAUUCCGAAGUCAUGGGAAUGAGCAAAAUUCGUGCUCUCAAACUGGAGAAUAUUUUAAGACUUACCAAAGAAUCUGGAAAGUUCUCACAGUACUAUCUAUCUCUGUCUCUGAUUCUCUGCUAUCUCUUUCUUUCUGGUACUUCUCUUUUAUUCGGCGUUAUUAUCCACCCUUUUACUUUCCGUAGCUUUAAAUACAAUAGACCUCUUAACCUGGGUGUUUUAGGGAUUACUAAUUUAUCUGUGCUUCUUGGCUCGUCUUUUUCAAAUUUCAUUUCCUGCUCGUUCUAUGAAUUCCAUUUUUGGUUUUGUUAUUUUGAAGUAGAUUACUAAAAUUCGAAAGCUAUUUAUUAUUAGUUUAUUUAUAUCACUAUAUGCUAUUGAAUGGUUUAGUAUAAAUAGUAGUCUUUAUAAAAAUUGUGCAUGCUUUUUAAUUUUUUACUAACUAAAAAAUUUAAGUUCCGGGACUAAUCCUGAAACCUCGGGAUUACACUAAAAAUAGCACGGGAUCCCGCGAUCCACACCUACCACUACUAAUAUUAGCAUCCCAAAGGCUCAGGAACACCUGAGGGCACGUGCGUGUGUGUAAUUUUGUCACUGACACCCAACCGAUUACACUCCACAACAACCAAGCUAAAACACCACUGACUGAAAACUAGUGAAAUACUCACACACACACACAAGCACACAAACAAAAGAAAAACAAAGUGGAAUAGCAACACAGCUCUAAGCAUGGCAUUUGCAGAAGUUAACUAUGCUAAGCGUAAAAUGUAAUUCUAUGUAACAGUAAAUGUAAGUAUAUACAAUUAAGUACAUACGUGUCCAUGUAUGCAUCACAAUAGGCCAACUUAUAAGUGCAUAUGUAUGCGUAUGUGUUCAGUAUUGGGAUAACUAAAUAAUUUCGAGCGGAGUGUGCGGCAAGGCGGAUUUCCGAAGGAAACUGGCAUUGCAACAUCUGCCGCAUUUUUGUAUAUGAUUACAUUGUAUUGCAUUUAACUUGAAUUGCAUAUGUAUAUGUAAAUUUAGUUUUAUAGAUUUUCUAUGCAGUAAACCCUGUGCUAAAUUUAAAAUAUUAACGUAGAAGGAAGAAAGUAGAUAUAAAAAUAAAAAUGAAAAUAUAUAUAAAGGAAAAAAUUAAGUAUAAAAAUAAAAAUAAAUAUAAAAAAUAGAAAUAAAUAUACAGAACAAAAAUAGAAAUAAAGCA